AUGGAUUUCGCCAAGGAGAAGACAGAGGACGGAGACAAGCCCCCCAUAAAGCACGGAAAACUGCUAAAGCGCCUCGAGAUUGGUUUCGAAAACACAAAGAAAACUACGUACCGUAAAAUCAUCGACCUCCUCCGCUCGCGCGAUCAGCUCGACGCGAGGGUUAACAAUCUCGAGGUCUACGUCGGCAGCAUUGACAGCAACGAUGGUGAUGAAGCAAAGCCGAGCGGAUCCCAGCCCAACAAUGAUUCGCAGGCCCACGGGCAAAGCAACCUCCAAAAAAGAUCUAGCCUCACGCAGCGACAGAAAGACUACGAGAAUGAACAGGACCGCCUGGGUGAGCAGCUGGAUACGAUGGCCUCACAGCAGCAGCGGCUGGACCGCCGUCUCACCGACAUUGAGUACUGCCUUCACCUGAACGUGCCGACCAGGUCGGAGUCGGCACCCCCAAGGCCCACAGCGCUCACAGCUGGGCUGUUUCCUCCGUGGAGCGAGGGUUACUGGGGUGGGAGCAAGAGUCCCAGCAGAAUUGCGGAUGCAUGGGGUCCAAGGAGCUCCCGCAGCAGCCGUGGAUCUGGAGCGAUGCCUAGCAUCAAGGAUGGCGGCGGCGUAGUGGGCGGUGGGACUAGACGCUUACUUGGGCCUCCAGUUACAGGUCGAACUGCGACCCUUGUUCCGACGUCAACUGUGUCUACAAAGAGAAAGUCUGAAGAGCUCGAAGACGACGAUGAGCGGAAGGAUGAAGGCAAGGGUAAGAAGAAGAAGAGGAACGACGAAGGUGAAGACGAUAAAGGGGACAACGGGGAUCAGCCAAAACCAACGCCAAAAAUGAAGAACAAGCCCGCUGAAACCACAAGGCUCGCACCCAAAGAGCCUAAAGUCGCCCUCCGAUGCAAUAAGCAAAAAACAGGAUACGAGAAUGACGACCCUGAGGAGACCGACGACGACGAGAAGCCAAAGCCGAAGCCUACGAAAGUACUGAAGCCUGCACCCAAGGCCACACAGAUAACCCUGCACGAAAAGAGGAAGGUGGACGAUCCGGAUGAUGAUGGAGAGGAUGAUGGUGAUGACGACGGCGACGAGCCUCACCAAGGAAAAACGAAGCCUCAACCAAAGGCUGCCGGUACAACGAAACCUGCGACCAAGAAGUCGAGGAUUGCUCCCAAGGUUGGACCUAAGACUGCCUCUAAGACGGUCCCAAAAGCUGCUCAGAAGGCCGCCUCGAGAGUAAAGCCGAAGACUGCUCCAAAAAGCUGCAAGCCAAAGGGCGAUGGAGGCGAUAAAGAGGAUGACUCAGAGGACAGUGAUGAUGAGGCCAAACAGAGGUCGAAAUCGAGAACAAAACCAGCCAGUAAGAUGGCACCUGCGCCCAAUGCUGCUUCCCAAAUUGCCUCCGAGAACGCCCUAGAGAUAGCUUCAAAAAAGGCACCCAAGACAGCGCCUAAGAGACGGAGAGGAAACGACUCGAAUCCCGACGAUGACAACGACGACGACGACGAUCAGGCGCCGGAGAAGAAGAGGACCAAGGUGGCGCCGAAGAAGACAAAGCUGACACCCAAGACGGCACCCAAGACGACGGCGCCCAAGGCCACUGCUAAGCCGGCCGCGAAGGGCUCGAGGACAGGGCUGCGCAGUCAAGGUGCGCCGGCGCCGGCUCUUCCACCUCCACCCGCCGCCCCGAUUCCAGCACCAACACUGGCACCGGCUCCAGCUCCAGCUCAGGAUCCAGCUCCAGCUUCAGUUCCACUUCCACUUCCAGCUUCAGCCCCAGCUCCAGCCCCAGCCGCUGUGCCAGUUUCGGUCCUGGGCCAGCCGGCGAAUGGCCAUAAUGGAUGGGGCCCUAUUGACUAUGAUUCCGACUCUGACAAUAUCAUCAUGUAUUGUAUCUAG